AUGCUGCACCUUAUCUGUUGUUUGGGUGCAUGCAAGUGCGCUGGUCUCCGACAAUUACAUUGUUCAGACACUAACCUGUGGAAGCGAUCCCGGUCGGUUAGUCGCAUUGCUGCUUUCCCGCUCGGCACACUAGUUCGAUAUGGAGACCCCGUCCACGUCCAGUACAAGCUCGUGCAGCAGCUGCUUGACACAAUUGCAAAAUACAGCGUGGUUGCCCUGGUCUCCGGAUAUCCGCUGGAGCUUAGCAGGUCGCGAGAAGGACCCUCCUGCUCUAUGGUCCGGUCGUUUCUCUCAUCGCUAACGGUGACACCUGAGCUAAUGUGUCGAGUGGUGCCGACGUUGUGUCUGCCUUUGCCAUGUUUGCUGUGGGAUGAGCGAUUUUCGUCGGUUUCAGCGCAGUGGUACCAGUAUGUUGAAGAGCCCGGACGCCGCGGCCACGUGCGUCCGCUGCCGCAGUGGAAGAAACGUGGUAUCGAUGCGUAUGCCGCGCUCAUUAUUUUACGUGGCGUUCUGGAAUGUGACUGGGCGCGAUACCAGGCACCGCCGCGGACUCUCUAA